AUGGCAGCGCCCAACCCCACCAACAACGGCCGUCCCACGCGCCCGGUCUUGCGACAGACCCUGUCCAGCGCAUCCUUCAUCCAGGAUCAUCAGCAGUACAAACCCUCUGCCCCCAUUCAGACCAUCGGCAACGUGAUUGGCAAUUCUCCCGAGUCAGCGUUUGCUGCGCUGUCCGUCAAAGCUAAUCCCAUUAGCCCCGAUCCCGAGAAGGUCACCGACAGUGGCAUUAUCCACAGCAUCUUCAACCAGCAGUCCAAUGAACUGCCUACUGGAACACAGCAACUGGUCGCUACGAUCUACUACAAGUCUGCUGAUCCUAUCCAUCCCCAUCUGCACCCCGAUUCCUCCCCUCAUGUCGGAUCUGGCCAAACUCUGCCGUCACCCAUGGUACCCGUAGGUUCCGCCCCGACGGUCGAUAUUGAGAAGAUCCCACGGGAGCCUCCCGCCCCAGAGCCGGAGCCGCUUGAUCAUCUGUACGGCCCGUUUGUAUCACAGCUCUGCCUGACCAACUUCCUUCAAAUCAUCGAAACCCUUCCGACCCCGUAUCAGCGCACCAACACUUCGCAUCGCUGCUUGGAUCGUCACGACCAGCCUCGCGUCGUCGAAGUCACCUUCUCGCCUCCUCCCAACCCGGAAUACCUUACCUUCGAGGACCUGCGGAAACAUGAGAGCAUAUGGCGAUUCGAGCGCGAAUGGAAUGUGGAGGUCGUCCUCCAGCGGGAGAGCGUCUUUCGUCGGCACAAGCGGUUGGUAGUGUUUGAUAUGGACAGUACAUUGAUCCAGAACGAGGUGAUCGAUGAGAUUGCCAAGUUCAUCGGCGUGGAGAAGGAGGUUUCGGAAAUCACGGCUCGUGCUAUGAACGGCGAGUUGGACUUCUCCGCAUCUCUCCGGGAGCGGGUCAGUCUGCUGAAGGGUGUUCCUGCGGACGUCUUCGAGAAGCUGAAGUCCGUCAUCACCAUCUCUCCAGGUGCGCGUGAACUGUGCAAGGCCUUGAAGACCCUCGGCUGCAAAAUGGCAGUCUUGAGUGGAGGCUUCCAGCCUCUUGCGGAGUGGCUUGCCGAACAACUUGGACUUGACUACGCGCAUGCCAACCAUAUCGAUCCUACGACGCAAAAUCUGACCGGCAAACUGGUCCCCACAUACCCCAUCAUCGAUGCGAGCCAGAAGCGCUCGAUUCUUCACUCGAUUGCCGCGGAGCAUGGCAUCCCUAUCUCCCAAACUGUCGCUGUUGGUGACGGAGCCAAUGACCUGCUCAUGCUGCACGCAGCGGGACUGGGAGUUGCCUGGCGGGCCAAGAGCAAGGUGCAGCUCGAGGCACCGACUCGUCUCAAUGGCGAGAGCCUCGUGGAUAUCCUCCACCUCCUUGGCCUGACUAAGGAUGACAUUUCCGAGCUGAUUGCGUAGUUGAAGAUGUGCUACCGAGCAUCCAUUACAGUGACCAAGCGAUCAGUAGAAAGACACGAACACGUGCGUCUUCCACUAGUCAGCUCGGCGACAAGCAUGCGGAAUGUCGCCAGGUGCGUACUCUACUACUACUUCUCCAACCCGUUAUUGGAGUCCUCCCGCGCACCAUUGGAUAGGUUCCUUUCUUUCCGUUCCAUUCCCAUAUCAUUUCCCUAUCCAUCUCUCUCCACAUAUGUUUAUCUCUCUUUUAUCUCUCUUUGCCCCCCAGGUUUUGGAUUUGGCAUGUGUAGACAGACCAAGCCCAAACCAAAACCAUCACGUCCCUUCCCUCACCCCCUUUACCCAAUCAUGCGAAUUCGAGAAGCCAAGCGGAAAUAGUUUCAUGCAUUAGAACGAUGAGCACGAGUGCGUUUACAUGCGGGCGUCGGAGUAGGCACGGAACAAACAC